AUGUCUUCCCCUGAGAAUCAAAGCAGCAGUGAACGGCCUGCCACGGACAACUCAAGUCGCCGGGAUGCACCACCCCAAGCUAGCGGAGCAGUCGCGCCCCCGCUGGACGGCGUCAGUCUGAUGAACUAUGAGUUUACCUUUCAACAACAUGUCGACGAUAGAGUCACCGCCUCUUUUCGUAUUGAGGCCGAUCCAAACGGGUCGAGACUAGAAAGCCCAGACACGCAUUCAAUAACCAGUAGCAUCUCGAAAUACCGGGUAGAAAAUGGCAGAACCUUUCAUGCCUACAAAGAUGGAUCAUACAUGUAUCCCAACGAUGAACAGGAGCUUGACCGCCAGGACUAUCAAUAUGUUGUCCUCAAACACGUGAUGGGCGGCAAAUUAUAUUUCGCGCCCUGGAGUCAAGAGAAACCCCCAAGAAACGUACUGGAUAUAGGCACGGGUACAGGCCAAUGGUGUAUCGAGAUGGGAGACGAAUUUCCUUCUGCGAACAUAAGCGGCACGGACUUAUCGCCAGUGCAACCGCGAGAUGUCCCAGAAAAUGUCCAUUUCUAUGUUGAAGAUAGUCGUGAGGAUUGGCAGUGGUACGCGCAAAACGAAACGUUCGAUUACAUCCACACUCGCAUGACGGUUGGGGCUUGGCAAGAUCUCAAAGAAGACAUUUUACAAAAGUCAUACGAUCGCCUUGCGCCGGGUGGCUGGUUCGAGGCCCAAGAAAUUCAAUGUACGAUCCUGUGUGAUGACGACACGAUGCCAGACGACUUUGAACUGAAGGUGCAUUUUGACGACCUUGAAGAUGCCUCGGCUGCUAUCGGCCGACCACUCAAGCUUGCCCACAAAUUCAAGCAAGUUAUGAGAGAAGUCGGCUUCGUGGAUGUUGAAGAGGUCACGUACAAGAUACCGAUCAAUGGAUGGCCGAGAAAUCGGCAGUACAAACAACUAGGAAAGAUGUGGGAGCAUAACCUGAUCACCGGGAUUCAUGCUGUGUCUGUCGGACCCCUUCACAGAGUUCGAGGCUUGAAUCAGAACCAAAUUCAGAUGAUGUUAGUCCCCGUGAGAACGGCCAUUUCAGACUCCAGGGUUCACGCGUAUCAUAAGUUCUUCAUCGUUUGGGGCCGCAAGCCAUUCCCGAAUGAAUUACAGACCUCGGCACAAGGCUCGGGGGAUGCGACUAUGGGCGGUGCCCCGUAA